AUGGAGGAUGCAAUUGCUUUUAGUAUGUGGAGUAACACGGAGGUGGGGUUUUCUUUUUCUAAUUCUAAUGGGAGGUCGGGAGGAAUUUUAACUCUAUGGAGGAAAUAUAGGGUGAAAGUUCUUCAAAGCUUUAAAGGAGAGGGAUUCUUAGGGAUCAAGAUUAUUGGUGGUGAUUUUAAUGCGAUUAAAAGUUCUAUUGAAAGCAAAGGGGGGUCUGAUAGGGAGAUGGUGACCGGUUCAGACCUCUUUGGUAGAUUUAUUGAUGAUAACGGAUUGGUGGAUGUGCCUUGUAAGGGGAAAAAAUUCACUUGGUAUAGUGGAGAUGGUAGGUCCAUGGGGAGUGGUUGGUCAACUAGUGGGGGAAAGAGACAUUUUGGACCAUUGCCUGAAUGGAAGGAGAUGGAAGUGGAAGGUAGAGGGGAUUUUGUUCUUAAAGAAAAGCUUAGUCAGAUUAAAGAGAGAUUAAAGUGGUGGAAUAAAACGGUUUUUGGUAGAAUUGAAUUAGAAGCGGAGGAUAUUGUGAGGGACUUAAAUUAUGGGGAUUCUAGGUUGGAAGAUUCGUCGGAAGGUAUGCUUGGUGAGUCUCUUAAUAGUAGGAAUGAUUCUAACAAGAGGUUUUGGUUGAAUUUUAGGAUAAAGGAAAAUAUGCUCGUACAAAAAUCAAGACUAAAAUGGCUUAAUGAUGGUGAUUCAAAUAGUAGUAUUUUUCAUAAUGUUUUGAAAGAAAGAAGAAGACAUAAUCACUUAGGUAUUAUUUCUAUGCAAAGGGGUUUGGUGGAGAAGGUAGAGGAAGUGAGGGAGGAAGUAAGGAAGCAUUUCUCUAAUAAAUUUUUAGAAGAGGACUCGGAUAGGAUUCUCUUAGAUGGUAUAUCCUUUAAAAGUAUUAGUUUCAACGAUGUUGCUCUCCUUGAAAGGCUUUUUCAAAUGGACGAAAUUAAAGAAGCUAUUGACGAUUGUGGUAGUUCCAAGAAUCCGGGUCCGGACGGUUUCUCCUUUUUGUUUAUAAAGUAG